CCGACGAGCGAGCGAGCGGACCCAGCGGAACGGGACCAGUGGGGUCGCAACCGUCGAAUUGUGCUCAUUGGUGAUCUGAACCUCGUAGUACGCGUACCAUUGAUAUUGAUUCUGUUGUGAACUUGUUAGAAGCACCCGCGUGUUUGUACGGGAUGGCGCAUAUCAGCAAAAAAUGGAUCACACCACUGAAGAAAAUAAAGCAGCUGAGUGGAUUUGUCCAGAAGACACACACAUUGAGGGCAGCAUCUACCUUGAUAUCAGGGGAACCCGAGGGUCCAACCGUGAAGACAGAUAUCCCAGGACCAAAGUCAAAACAGCUGAUAGAUGAGUUGAGCGCUAUUCAGCAAGCUGGAUCAGUACAGCUCUUUGCAGACUAUGAGCGUUCUUUGGGGAACUACCUUGUAGAUGUAGAUGGAAAUGUUCUGCUAGACGUAUACACGCAGAUCUCUUCCAUGCCUUUGGGAUACAACCAUCCAGAUCUUCUGCAGUUGCUUAAUGAUCCAUAUAAUGUGAAAACAAUAGUGAAUCGUCCAGCUUUGGGCGUGUUUCCUGGUGCUGACUGGCCUAAAAAACUGAAGAACAUUUUGUUGCAGGUGGCCCCGUCUGGGUUGAACCAUGUGACCACAAUGAUGUGUGGUUCCUGCUCAAAUGAGAAUGCCUUCAAAAAUAUAUUCAUUUGGUAUCAACGCAAACAGCGAGGUGGCUCUUCUGACUUUUCGCAGGAAGAGACCGAGUCGUGUAUGAUGAAUCAGUCCCCAGGGUCUCCAACUCUCUCAGUCAUGUCAUUCCAAGGAGCAUUCCAUGGACGCACCUUGGGUGCUCUCUCAACGACACAUUCAAAAUAUAUCCACAAGAUUGACAUACCAGCAUUUGAUUGGCCCAUCGCGUCAUUUCCACAGUACCGCUACCCUCUACAUGAGAAUCAGCGUGAGAAUGAUGCUGAAGACAAGCGAUGCUUGGCUGAGGUGGAAGAUCUGUUUGCCGAGUUCAGCAAGAGAGGCAGCCCAGUGGCUGGCAUUAUUGUUGAGCCUAUCCAGUCUGAGGGAGGUGACAAUGAGGCAUCUCCCCAGUUCUUCCAGGAGCUUCAGCGUGUUGUGAAGAAGAAUGGAGCUGCGCUCUUGAUUGACGAAGUGCAGACCGGUGGUGGUCCUACUGGUAAGAUGUGGUGUCAUGAGCACUUUGGUUUGGAUGGACCACCUGAUGUUGUCACCUUCAGCAAGAAGAUGCAGCUUGGAGGCUAUUAUCACAAGCCUGAUUUCAAGCCAUCUCAACCAUACCGUGUGUUCAACACUUGGAUGGGUGACCCAGCAAAGCUUCUGCUUCUGCAAGGUGUGCUGGAGGUGGUGCGCAGAGACUCGCUAUUGGAUCUGGUACAGAAGAGUGGGAAAAAAUUACUCACAGGACUCCGUAGCUUCGAACAGGAAUUUCCUCAGUUGUUGCAUGCCGCACGAGGCCGCGGAACCUUCCUUGCAAUCUCCUGCCCUUCCACCAAGCUGCGAGAUGAUCUCGUGGCCAGGCUUAAGAAAAAGGGCAUACAAACAGGUGGAUGUGGGGAACAUUCAAUUAGGUUGCGUCCAGCACUAAUCUUCACCCCAAAACAUGCUGACAUCUUUCUGGACAGGUUUCGACAGGUGCUGAAGGAAACGAAGUGAACAAAUCGAUUAACGGAGUUCUCAGAAAUUAGAUAUGAAGAUAAGAGGUGGUACAGAUUUCUCAGAAAUGCUGGUAACCACCUACAAGACUACAUGACAUAACAGCACAGAAGACGUUAAUCGACGGUAUUGUUAUUUGUGUCCGAUAACGAAAUCGAGUUGUAUCAAUAAUUAUACACUAUUUCUAUUACAGCUCUUGUUUUAUCAGAGUGAUUUAUAAUUUUGGUACACAAGCCAAUUUAUAAAAGUGUUGUUAGAUAUGUUGUUAAUAUUUUAAGCCACAUUUACACUAACUUAGUUUAAUUAUACUAAUUAUUAUUGUCUCAGAGUAAGUUGUAAUUUUUCCCAGUUUUUAGGUGCUAUUAAGUACAGGAUGUUUAAAAAUUGGUCUGCCAUACACCGAGAAAAACGUAACUUUGUGAUGGAGGAGGACGUGCGUCUUGAGACAAGGUAUGGGAUCUUCUUUCAGCGUGAUGUGGCGCGUCUGUAUUUUGGUCGUCAAGUUGCGGCGUAAUCGAGUCAGCAUCAUUGAAAUCAUUGGAUUGGUUGUCGUGGUCUGAUACCUUGGUUGCCAAGAUCUCUGAAUCUAAAUUUGCUCGAUUUAUUUUAUGAGGUCUCAUGAAGGAGGUGACGUACGGGACCAAAUUACACAUGAGGGAAGAACUCCCAUAUCGUAUUAUGGAUACUGCCGCUUACAUGCAACAACAUAAUGGACUUAUUCAGCGGACACUAAACUGCAAUGCUGUGCUUUUAAUAUUGUAGCAGACAUUUUUAACAAUUAUAAGAUGUAUUUCCUGAAAUGUGGUAAUAAAUGCUCUCAUGUACUGUUC